UAUUUUUUAUUCAUAAUUCUUAUGUGAUAAAGUUUUAAAGAUUAUUAAGUAAUAAAUAUGAAAUGAAUGAUUAGUUGUUAAUAAAAUCAUUACUUGUAUACUUUUUAAUUUAAAGUUAGAAUUAAAAUUGUUUUCAAUUUAUAAACAGUUUUAUAAAGAGUUGUAUAUAUAUUUUGCUUAUUGUAUUUCUAAUUGUUUUACCUACAUAGCAUUAAAGAAAAAUGAACUUUACUCCUAGUCGGAAAGCAGUUACAUCUGAAAAAACUGAAGAAUUUACUUUUGCUAAUGAUUUGCAACUUUAUCGGGAAAUUCCUGACAUAAGUUUGAAUUUAGAUGAAUUUGAAGAAUGGGCCAUUGAAAGGUUAAAAGUCUUACAGAUAUUGGAACAAUUAAGUUUGAAAGGUAAUACCAAUAACUAUGAAGAAUUUACAAAGUCAGUUGUUCAAGAAAUUAAGAAAGAAGGUUUAAAACAUAUGUAUAAAUUGAUAAGUGGUAAUCAUUCAAAAGAUCCAAUAGAGAGUUCAGAAAUAAGGAAAAGAGAUUUAUGUUCUCAUUUUAUUCUAAGACUUAUUUAUUGUAAAAGUGAUGAACUGCGUAAAUGGUUUAUAAAUAGAGAAGUAGAAUUAUUCAGAUUACGAUGGUCAUUUUUGUCCAAAAUUGAUAAAUUAAGAUUCUUAUCAUCGAAUGACACAAAUUAUUCAGCAGUUACUGAAGAAGAAUUUAAAAUAAUGUCUGAAAAUAUGAGUUCAUUCACAACUUCAGUUAGUAAUAAUGAAUACUUUAAAGUUCGUUGGAAUCAAGUUUUAGAGUUAAUACGUAACAGAAAAGUAUUUCUCCGGAAUGGCUUUGCGUAUGUUAUUCAAACAGAUGUUAUAUCUGGAAUUUGUCAAAGCUACAGAUCAGAACUUUCUCAAGAAUUAAUUAAAUGUUUCCAAAAAUUCAGUAUAAUUAGUGAAGAUGAACGAUUUGGGGCAUUUAUUAAAUACUUAAAUCAAUCUUAUAUGGGCAAAAAUUAUUCUAUUUCUGAAAACAUGUCUUCCUUAUCAAUCAACAAUAUUGACUAUGCUUCUAAGGAUUCUUUUCCAUUGUGUAUGAAACGAUUGCAUGUUGUUUUAAGGACUGAUCAUCAUUUAAAACAUCAAGCUCGUCAACAAUAUGGUUUAUUUUUAAAAGGUGCUGGGUUACCGCUUGAACAAGCUUUAAUAUUUUGGAGAUCAGAAUUUACUAAAAAAAUUGAUUCAAAUAAGUUUGAUAAACAAUACAGCUAUAAUAUUAGACAUAAUUAUGGUAAAGAAGGUAGAAAGACUAACUACACUCCUUACAGUUGUAUGAAAAUAAUUAUGAGUUCAGUGGGGAUGGAUGAAUACCAUGGAUGUCCUUAUAAACAUACUAAUAGUCAAGCUUUAAAACAAUUACUGGAAACUUCAAAUAUUUCAGUUCAAAGUAUUCAAGAAAUUUUAAAUCUUUCUCAAAAUGGUCACUACCAAAUUGCUUGUACCAAGUAUUUUGAGGCUAAACAUAAUGUGUCUCCAUCAUCUACAGCAAUUAACCAUCCAAAUCAAUUCUUUGAAGAAAGUCAAAAAUUAAAAGGGCAUGUAGAUGGUGCUACUAUCAUGAAUAGUUCUCAAAUAAAUUCAUCAAUGGUAGAUGAUAUAAAUAAUACAGAUUUUGAUCAGUCAAUUGUAAAUUUUAUUGAAAAUAUGGAUUGUAAUUAGUAUUUAUAACAUUUUUCAUUUUAUUAUAAUUAUUAUUUUUAAGAAAAUUAAACAUUUACAACUAAUCUUAUUAUUAAAAAUUUUUCAAUUUGUAA